UCUCUCUCUUUCUUGAAGCCUUCAUUAUUUCUCUCUCCGGCCGGCAACCCUAAUCUCUGGUUUCAUCGAUCUAAUCUGAUCUGAUCGGAAGAUGGAAUCAAAAGUGGUUCCUAUUCUAUUAAUGGUGGUUAAUUUGUUCAUGUUCAAGCCAUGCUUCAGCUCAGAGAUGAAUAGGAGCAGCUUUCCAAAAGGCUUUGUCUUUGGGACCGCCUCUUCUUCUUACCAGUUUGAAGGAGCAGUGACAGAAGGUGGAAGGGGUCCCACAAUAUGGGACAAAUUUUCACAUUCAUUUGGGAAUAUAAAGGAUUUCAGUAAUGCUGAUGUUGCUGUGGAUCAAUAUCAUCUUUUCAAUGAAGAUAUAAAGCUUAUGAAGGAAGUUGGAGUAGAUGCAUAUAGGUUAUCCAUUGCUUGGUCUAGGAUCUUCCCUAAUGGGACUGGAUCAAUAAAUCAGGCUGGAGUGGAUCACUACAAUACAGUCAUUGAUGCUUUGCUAGCUAAUGGAAUUGAACCAUAUGUAACACUUUACCAUUGGGAUCUUCCUCAAGUUCUAUAUGACAGAUAUAUGGGUUGGCUAAGCUCUCAAAUCAUAGACGAUUACGCAGUUUAUGCAGAGACAUGUUUUAAACUAUUUGGAGACAGAGUGAAGUAUUGGAUUACAUUCAAUGAACCCCACACGAUUUCUGUGGCUGGUUUCGAUAUUGGGAUCCACGCACCUGGUCGUUGUUCAAUUUUCCUUCAUCUCUUUUGCAAGCAAGGGGAUUCUACCACAGAGCCUUAUAUAGUUGCCUAUAAUGUCCUCAUUGCUCAUGCAGUUGUGGUUCAAAUCUACAGAAACAAGUACAAGGCAGAGCAGAAAGGUUCAAUUGGUGCAUCGUUUAAUGUCAUAUGGUACAAGCCUGUCUCAAACUCAACAGAGGAUAUCGAAGCAGCACAAAGAGCUCAAGAUUUUCAGUUGGGUUGGUUCCUUGAUCCUAUGAUGUUUGGGGAGUACCCAAGUUCAAUGAUAAAAAGGGUAGGGAAUCGUUUGCCUAGAUUCUCUCGAGCACAUUCAAAUCUACUCAAAGGGUCCUUGGAUUUUGUGGGCAUAAAUCAUUAUACCACAUUCUAUGCCAAAAAUGAUAAUACGAAAAUUCUUAGCUUCCUACUCAACAACGUCGGCUCAGAUUCUGGCACAAUUGCUCUCCCAUUCAAAGGCCUCAAACCUAUAGGGGAAAGGGCAAAUUCCAUAUGGUUGUAUAUAGUACCUGAAGGUAUUAGAAGUUUAAUGAAUCACAUAAGGCAAAAGUAUGGGAACCCUCCUGUCAUCAUCACAGAAAAUGGGAUGGAUGAUAAGAACAGUAUAUUUAUAUCUAGAAAAGAUGCGCUACGAGAUACAAAAAGGAUCAAAUACCACAAUGGUUAUCUCUUGAGCCUGUUGGCUUCAAUCAAAGAAGAUGGGUGCAAUGUAAAAGGGUAUUUUAUAUGGUCAUUAAUGGAUAAUUGGGAAUGGGCAUCAGGAUAUACUUCUAGGUUUGGUCUCUACUAUGUGGAUUAUAAGAAUAAGCUCAAGAGGUAUCCUAAGAAUUCUGUACAAUGGUUCAAGAGAUUCUUGACAUCUAAAUAAAAUCAUUGUUUUAUUUU